AUGCGCAUGAACAUCUUCCGCCGUCCUUCGAUCCACAAACUGGUGAUGGUUGCGACAACAAGAACGCGAACCAAGCGAAGUCUGGCUGAACCUGAAACAACAGCGCCUGUGGUGACUCCCAGUACUCCCAAAAGACAGAAAACCAAGCUUGAGAUCCCUACUACUCCCUUGGCUCCAGCCCCUAAGAUUUCCCUGGCUGAGUCUAUCAAGCUGAUACCCAAGCUAGAUCCUGUAACCAAAGACAACAGUCACUGGGACGAAAUUUACGAAUCAGAUUUCUCCAAGGGCCUCAAGUACAUUCUCGAUGUCGAUCCUUCUCUGGAGGAUAUCGUACACUCGUCCGAGUUCACUUCUUUUGUCAAAGAAGCUGCUACUCGGCAAGAGUCCAGAACCAACAGAAAGUGUAACAAUUGCUUCGAACAUCUUACAAGGGGCAUCAUUGGACAACAGGUAUCUGGAGCAGCUGCCGAGUCGAUUCUCAAGAAGUUCAAGAAACUGUUUCCAGUCGAAGGAAGCGAAGAUGGCAAAUUUCCGAGCCCACAGGAGAUCCUCGACACCCCAACCGAGGCCUUAAGAAGCGCAGGUUUGUCUGGAAGGAAGGCAGAAUACAUCACAUGUCUAUCUACGGCCUUUAAGGAUGGAACUCUGUCCGAUGACUGGCUCAGUACUGCCUCCGAUGACGAUGUUGUCGAUGCUCUGGUCGCCAUCAAGGGCAUUGGGCCUUGGUCAGCGGACAUGUUUCUUCUCUUUGCUCUUAAACGAAUGGAUGUCUUCACAUUGGGUGAUCUCGGUAUCCAGAGAGGUGUAUCUGUUUACCUCAAAGAGCGUCCUCAUCUUGCUGAGAUCAUCAAGCAGGUUGACUUUUCGCUCCCUAUUAAUGGGGUCCACAGUCCUGGCAAGUCUAAAAAGGCUGGCGCUCGAAAAGCAGCCAAGUCAAAGCCAGAUACAAAGGGUAAAUGGAGGGUGCCCACAGCAGAUGAAAUGACCUGGGUGGCCCAUCGGUUUGCUCCUUACCGUUCAGUAAUGAUGCUAAUUCUGUGGAAGAUCAGUGAUGUCAAUACUGCAAUUCUGGAUAAGAAGUGA